CACACAGUUUGUGGUGAAAUAUUUUUUCGCGCUGCAAGUUUUACAUCAUCAGUCAUCAAGAAAAUCCUACUUCAAAUGGAAAAUCCAAAGUUAUAGUACAUCUGAAAAUGUGGCCAUUAUACAACCUAUAUUUAGUGCUGUGUCUGUUGUCAUUAGCCCGAGCUAGACAGCAUUUUAUGGUGGGCAGCAUUUUUACAUCGGACAAAGAUGAAGCAGAAAUUGCAUUUCGCACCGCAGUGGAUCGUGCAAAUAUAUUGGAAAGAAAUAUAGAACUUGUGCCUAUUGUUGUGUAUGCUAAUACGGAUGAUAGUUUUAUUAUGGAAAAGAUGGUGUGCAAUUUAAUUUCCCAAGGGGUUAUAGCUAUAUUUGGACCCAGUACAGGCAGCAGUUCGGAUAUCAUAGCUUCUAUUUGCAACACCUUGGACAUACCACACAUUGUCUAUGAUUGGCUGCCCAAUGAGUCCAUACCGGAUCGACAGCACUCCACCAUGACGCUAAAUGUGCAUCCCGAUAAUCUUUUGCUAUCCCAGGGAUUUGCCGAAAUAGUACAGAGCUUUGGCUGGCGUAGCUUUACGAUUAUUUAUGAGGGGGAUAGAGAGCUCCAGCAACUGCAGGAUAUUUUGCAAAUUGGUGAACCCAGCAACAUGCCCACGACAAUGAAACAGCUUGGCCCAGAUGAGGACUUUAGGCCCUUUUUAAAGGAAAUUAAACUUUCCACCGAUAACUGUUUGAUUGUGCAUUGUUCGCCCACGAAUCUGUUGAGCCUCCUGCAGCAGGCCAACGAACUGAAAAUGCUGGGCGAGUAUCAGAGUGUUUUUAUACCCCUGCUGGACACACACACUGUGGACUUUGGUGAUCUCUCAGGCGUGGAUGCCAAUAUAACGACAGUACGUCUGAUGGAUCCCACAGAUUUUCACAUCAAGAAUGUCAUACACGACUGGGAGGAGCGUGAGAAAAGGGAGGGACGUUACUACAAAGUUGAACCUGGGAGGGUUAAAACCAUGAUGAUACUGAUCAACGAUGCAGUUUGGCUGUUCUCCAAGGGCUUGACGGAACUGGGCAUACUGGAAGAACUAACAGCACCAGAGGUGGAGUGCAAGAGGAAAAAAUCCUGGCCACAUGGAAGACGUAUUAUAGAAUUUAUGAAGGCGCGCUCUGAUGAGGCCUCCACGGGUCGCAUUGACUUCAAUGAGUAUGGACAGCGCAGCUUCUUUACCCUACGCUUCAUGGAGGUGAAUGCUGGUGGGUACCUGGAUCUGGCCACCUGGGAUCCCGUCAACGGUUUGGACAUACUCAACGAUGAUGAGGAGAGCGAAAAGCGUGUGGGUCAAAAGUUGUCCAACAAAACUUUUAUUAUAUCCUCACGUUUGGGUGCGCCUUUUCUUACACUAAAAGAACCCGAGGAGGGGGAAGUGCUGUAUGGUAAUGCCCGCUACGAGGGCUACUCCAUAGACCUCAUAGAUGCCAUCGCUCAGAUGCUAAAUUUUAAAUACGAAUUUCGCAUGUCACCCGACGGCAGAUAUGGCUCCCUGAAUCAAGCCACGCAAACGUGGGAUGGCAUCGUAAAGCAGCUGAUCGAUGGGAACGCUGACCUUGGCAUUUGUGAUCUGACAAUGACCUCAUCGCGACGUCAGGCUGUGGAUUUUACGCCACCCUUUAUGACGCUGGGCAUUAGCAUUUUGUUCUCCAAGCCGCCCAUACCGCCAACAGAUUUAUUCUCAUUUCUGUCACCCUUUUCUUUGGAUGUUUGGAUCUAUAUGGGUUCGGCGUACCUGUUUAUAUCGCUGCUGCUCUUUGCGCUGGCUCGCAUGGCGCCCGAUGACUGGGAGAAUCCGCAUCCGUGCAAGGAACCAGAAGAAGUAGAGAACAUCUGGACCAUAAUGAACACCACCUGGCUGUCGAUUGGCUCGUUGAUGGGACAGGGCUGUGAUAUAUUGCCCAAGGCUGCCUCCACCCGUUUAGUGACUGGCAUGUGGUGGUUCUUUGCUCUGAUGAUGUUAAACUCCUAUACGGCCAAUUUGGCUGCCUUUUUGACCAACUCACGGCAGGGCAACUCCAUCAGCAGUGCCGAAGACCUGGCAGCGCAGACCAAGAUAAAAUAUGGUGCCAUGCUGGGUGGUUCCACUUUGGGGUUCUUUCGCGACUCGAACUUUACGACUUACCAAAAGAUGUGGACCGCCAUGGAGAGUGCCAGUCCGUCGGUGUUUACCAAAACGAAUGACGAAGGUGUGGAGCGGGUGCAAAAGGGCAAAAAUCUCUAUGCCUUCAUGAUGGAGUCCACCACACUUGAGUACAAUGUGGAGCGAAAGUGCGACCUGGUGCAAAUCGGCGGAUGGUUGGACUACAAAAGCUAUGGCAUUGCCAUGCCAUUCAAUUCUCCGUAUCGCAAACAGAUCAGCGGCGCAGUCCUGAAGCUUGGGGAGCUGGGCAACCUGGCGGAGCUGAAGCGCAAGUGGUGGAAGGAGAUGCAUGGCGGUGGUAGCUGUGAGAAGAGCGAGGACGGUGGCGGCGAUACGCCCGAACUGGGUCUGGAGAAUGUCGGCGGUGUAUUCCUGGUCCUGGGUUUGGGUCUGCUCUCGGCCAUGGUUCUGGGCUGCACGGAAUUCUUUUGGAAUGUCAAAUCGGUGGCCAUUGAAGAGAAGAUCUCCCUGAAGGAAGCUUUACGCUCGGAGGCUCUGUUUGCCAUGAAAAUUUGGAUUACCACCAAGCCAGUGCACACCAGCUCGGGUUCCGGCAGCUCUUCCUCCUCCUCCAGUUCGAGCUCUUCUUCAAAGUCUGGCAAAUCCCGUUCAAGUCGUUCCAAACCCUCCUCGAAAUCACAGCCUUUAUCCAUGAAGAGUCUCAAGAGCUUGGUCGAGCCCGAUGUAGAGGCUUCUGUGCACAAUAAGCUGAAGAAAAUCGGUUCCAUGUUCUCAUUGAAGUCCCAUAAGACAGCCACGCCUCCGCCAGAAAUUGGCUGGAAAGUCGACAAGUCUACGCAAAUGGAUGAAGUUCUGGAUGAGCCCGAAGAAGAACCAGAGAUUAUGCCAUUGCCAGAGCAGCCACACCACAGACAUCAUCAUCAUCAUCACCAUCAUCGCCAUCACCACCAUCAUCAGCAGGAACAGGAGCAGCAACUAGAGCAGGAUUUGGAGGCAGCGAAGAAUCAGCGUACCAGCAAAUUGAGUAACGGUGUGCCGUAGGACCUUAAAUUACAUCAAAUUCGUUUCAUUAGUACUUAAAACAAAUAUUUACAGACACUUUUCGUAUCAAAUGCCCCAUUAAUAAAGUUCAAUUCAUUUCUCAAAUGGGUUUCCUAAGACUUAAUACCCUACAAAACUUUUUAACAAGUAUUCUUACUAAAAUUAGCUAAAAAUUAAUAUCGUAAUUAUCUUACCAUAAUCAGCCCUUUAGUCCAAGGAAAAAGCAUUUAAAUAUUCCCUUGUGUUCAAAAUAAAAAUUUCAAUGCGGGUUCUAUAUGAAAUUCUUGAGUCCUCAAAGCCCUAAAAAAUUCCUUUAUGGGGAGUUUCAUCCUUUUCUUAAUUUUCUACCAUACAAACAUGAAAUUUCAAAUGAAUUAUAAUCUAUUUAGAAUUAUUUCUUUAAGAACUAUCUUAUUAUACAAACCUUUCCUGCUGCGUAUACUUUAUUUUUAAUAUGGGAAUUUAGUUAAUUAAUAAGUCCCGUCAUAUUUCUAGGGGUUUUUG